CGCAUGUCUUCUGGGGAGGCGCGCGAGACUUGUCUAUUAUUUGUGACUACACUAUUAUUGUGUCAUACACUAUUAAAGUAAUAUACAGCGUAAUCUACCGAAAAUAUUAUACUGUUUUUUCGUUGCACAGUAAAUUGGUGAAGUAAACUAAAGGUAUCGGCACGUGUCUCACUGUUAGGACCAAGAUGGCAGUUAUUCUUGAAACAACCCUUGGCGAUAUCACAGUAGAUUUAUACACACAGGAAAGGCCACGAACAUGUUUGAACUUCCUGAAGUUGUGCAAGCUGAAAUUCUACAACUAUUGCCUAUUUCAUUCAGUGCAGGAGGGCUUCUUGGCACAGACUGGUGAUCCGACAGGAACAGGACGAGGUGGCCAAUCUAUCUUCAGCAAGGUUUAUGGUGAUCAGGCACAGUUCUUUGAGGCUGAAACGAAUCCCAUUAUCAAGCACAGGAAGCUGGGCACUUUGUCGAUGGUAAACAACGGCAACAACAUGCACGGUUCCCAGUUUUUUCUCACACUGGGGGAGAGCCUGGACUAUCUCGACGGGGUGCACACGGUAUUCGGCGAGGUGAGCGAGGGACUGGAUGUGCUCGACAAGCUGAGUGAAGCCAUCUGUGAUGAAACCCACCGACCCUACGUUGACAUCAGGGUCAACCACACGAUAGUACUCGACGAUCCGUUUGAUGAUCCGCCUGGGAUCGACUACCCUGACAGAUCUCCGCAACCUACCAAGGAGCAGAUGGAGGCUGGAAGGAUAGCCCCCGACGAAGAAAUAGAUGCGACAAAGGGUAAGACUUUAGAGAUGGUGGAAGAGAUGAUCAAGGAAAAAGAGGCAAAAGCGAGAACACAAAUUUUGGAGAUGGUCGGUGAUCUUCCUGAAGCAGAGGUGGCGCCACCUGACAACGUACUGUUUGUGUGCAAGCUGAAUCCGGUCACAACUGAUGAAGAUCUGGAAAUCAUAUUUUCGCGAUUCGGCAAAAUCGGAAGUUGUGAAGUAAUACGAGACCACAAGACUGGUGAAUCACUGCAAUAUGCUUUCAUAGAAUUUGAAGAGCCAGAAAGCUGUGAACGUGCUUAUUUCAAGAUGGACAAUGUACUAAUAGAUGACAGAAGAAUUCACGUGGACUUCAGCCAAUCUGUAUCAAAGGUCAAAUGGAAAGGAAAAGGUAAAGGUGUCGAGCACUCCAAGGACACAAAUCAAGAGGAAAACAAGAAGCCAAAAUACAUGCUGAAGGAUGGCCGCAGGAAAGACGAGUAUAAACUCGUAGCAUCUGACGAGGACACGAGACCGCCUCGUGAUAGACGGGCCAGACGUAGUGACAGCCCUGCCGAGGAGAGGCCCUCGAGGCACAGGGAUCCGCAGCGAGGAGGUGGCAUGGCGGGACGCGGGGAGCAGUCGCAGAACAGGCAGGAGAGAAGCGAGGCAAGAGGACGAGGCAGUAAUCACAGGGGAGGAACGUCGAGUGAGAUUGUACGCAGCCGCAGCGACAGGAGAGAUUUGCCAGAUGCUAGGAAUAGAGGGCGCCACCGCUCCAGCGACAGCAGCGAAUCGGAGAGCAGCAUGCGACGGCAGGAUGAGAGAAGAGGUGAGGACCGGAGGAGAGACGGUGGGGAUGAUCGUAAAUCUAAAGACGCACGGUCGCACGGCAGCCAGAAGAAGAAGAAGACGAAAAAGAAGAAGAAGAAGAGGGAGAAAGAGGAAACGGACAGUUCCGAGUCAGAUUCUGAUAGCUCCGACCCCAAAAGGUCAAAGCACAAGGGCAAAAAGAAAAAGAAGAAGAAGAGGAAGCGGAAGAGCACUACUUCGGAUUCUUCCGAAUCGGAUAGACAUCAUAAAAAGUCUAAAAUGGGUAGAGAGAAGAAGCACAGCCAAGAAUCGCAAUCUGAUUCAGAGUCUUCGUACCAAAAGCACCGGUCUAAUGGCAAACCAAUGUAAAGCCAAUGUUUAGAGAAUAUCAUGUAUUUAGUUUAUUACUAUCAGCAUUAGGGUGGAGUGUAGUGUAUGGUGUGUAUAAGUGUAUUGAGCCCAUCAUCGUUGCAUUUUUAUUCUUGAGUUUGUUGAUGAUAUGUAUUGAGUCUCGAUAAUUGGAUGAGGUUCGAUCAAACGUCAGGGAGGUGAAGAAAUGCCCAAUAAAUUAUGCAUGAUCUUAAAAUUUAAUUUUUUAUUAUAACUUUGUUACGUACCUGUAUGGGUGUAACAAGAUGAGGUUAUAAUUGCAGACCAUGUGUGAUCCUUCAAAUUUCCAUUCAUACAACUUGAAUAUAUUCCUUAGCAGAAAAGAUGUACAGAUAUAUUGUGAAAAAUAUUAGUUUGACAGAGAAAGAGUGGUCGAAUUUACUUAAUGAGAUAACUGCAAUAAUUUAUUCUAAGAAAUUUAUAGAUUGACAGUAAAAGCUCGUUAUAAACACAAUAGUGUCAAUACUAUUAUUGGUUAUUCAUUUCUGACUACUCAUUAAUCAUUUCAAGAGAAAGUCUUGUGAUAGUACAGAUAUUGUUGCUCAUGUUGGCUGGUUGCUUGGGUUAGGUUACAAUGGCACCAUCUCAUAUCGAGGGAAAUGACUCCCCGUCACUGACACUUCACUUCACUUGUCAGUCACUGACAGACUUAAAAGCAUGUAAAUAGUUUUUAAAAUUGGUUGUAUUAUAUUACGAUUACCAAUAUACUAAUAGAUUCUUUUUAA